CGGGUCCCAUCCUGGUCAUCCUGCGUCCUGCCCUGCCUCCCGCAGACAAUCUGCUACGGCUCAAUCAGCUUGAAACCGUGCCUUCCCAGGUUUCUCGAGAGACGUCCUCCUUGACCUCUCCCACCUUUCAACGUUUCGACCGAACACAUCCCUUCUUCUCCUCCUCUCCCUCACCUCCCUCACAAGUCACAUAUUCACUCUUCCCGCAGGACCACAGGACCCCCCUUGGAUCUCUCCCGUCCACAACCCCGAAACCCGUCAGGCGCAUUGAGUUGAGCACCGACCCGCGCGGCCAUACCGCAUUCCUCACCACAGCCCUCACUGCCCUCCUCAAGCUGUGCAACCCUACCGGCAACCUCCUUGAACAACCUGCCCUGCCCUGCCUGGGAUUGGAAGGCCAGAGAGCACGAGCAAAACCUUGCGCACCUCACCCACCACAACUGUACCUCAGUACCUUACCUCACGGGGAAGCAGAAGCAAGAAAGAAGGAAGAAUAGGGGCUCAGCUUACCUGAAAGUUGGACUGCCGACAGAGACCGAUCCGACGACUCUGAGAGAGAAGGUGCGACUGUCUUGCUGCGCGACUGCAACUCUGCGACUCGACUCUCAGAGAAGCGCCGAACAGUCCCAACUUUCCCAUCCUAUCCACUUUCCACCUCGACAUCUCCUUCCUCUCUCCCCCGCGACACCACUGUCUACCUUCAGCGCCCACCUCAAUCUACCUAACGCCUACGGAUACAACGUCUCUGACUGGCCAAGAUCCAAGUCUGCACAGCACGGCGCAUCCGCAGCACUGCCAACAACGCCGCCGGCCUCCCAAGAAGCAGCAUCCCGCUCUCCCCGAGGGACGCGAAUCGUCUUCCCGAUCCAUACUCAUAUCCACUCACGGACUCUCCUGGCCACAAACAUCAGACACUGGUUCCUGUGAUUGACCCCCCGUACCAUCGCAACCAUGUCGUAUAAUCGUUUAGACGACGAUUACUACAACGACCGGAUGGACCCCCGGUACCAUCGUACGCCUUCGCCAGGCCAGCCGGCCCAGCAUGGCUAUCAGCUGGAGGACAACCCGUUCAACAACCAGGCACAGCAAGGAUACCACCAGCCUCCUCCUCAACAUGUCGACGACCCGUAUGGACGCCCCAGCCCUCAUUCUCAGCUUGAUAUCCCCAUGGCACCUGGCCGCUACGGCACUCCCAGUGAUCAAUUACAACUGAACGCAGCACACUCUGUUAGCAACUUGAGCGGUUACGAUACACCAGUCAACCACGGCGACUACGGUGUCAACCCGGAAGCGCAUCAUGACGCCUACUACAACCAGUCUUACGAGCCUUCACCCCACGAUCCUGCACACCCGUACGAUCAACCUACUGGAUACAACGAGUAUGACGACAACAGGCCAAUGCUGCCUCACCAAGACACUAUGACCACCGAUGGAGGAUACCAGGACAACCCGACACCACAGCCAGCUGGAGGAGGUAUCAAGAGGUGGAAAACCGUCAAGCAGGUCCUGCUUUACCGCGGAAACUUGGUUCUCGACUGCCCUGUGCCCCCAAGACUGCUUAACCAGCUUCCCCACGGUGAGCGUGACGAGUUUACCCACAUGCGCUAUUCCGCCGCCACUUGCGAUCCCAACUUCUUCUACGACGACAACUUCACACUGAGACAGAGGCUUUUCUCCAAGCCGAGACACACGGAGCUUUUUAUCGUCGUCACCAUGUACAAUGAGGACGAGAUCUUGUUCGCCCGGACAAUGAUUGGUGUCUUGAAGAACGUCGAGUACAUGUGCAGUCGGAAAGAGAGCAAGACCUGGGGCAAGGAUGCCUGGAAGAAGAUUGUUGUCUGUGUCGUCAGCGACGGUCGUGGCAAGAUCAACCCCAGAACGCGAGCGCUGCUGGCUGGUAUGGGUGUCUACCAGGAGGGUAUCGCGAAGCAACAGGUCAACGGCAAGGAUGUCACGGCCCACAUUUACGAAUACACCUCUCAAGUCGGCAUGACGAUCAAGAAUGACGUCGUCACUCUGGUCCCUAAACAGCAGCCUGUUCAGAUGCUGUUCUGCUUGAAGGAGAAGAACUCGAAGAAGAUCAACUCUCACAGAUGGUUCUUCCAGGCGUUCGGCCGCGUUCUUGACCCCAAUAUCUGUGUUCUCAUUGAUGCUGGUACCAAGCCCGGUGGAAACUCCAUUUACCACCUCUGGAAGGCUUUCGACCUCGAGCCCAUGUGCGCCGGCGCUUGUGGUGAAAUCAAGGCCAUGUUGGGCACGGGUGGCAAGCACCUCCUCAACCCCUUGGUAGCGACACAGAAUUUCGAGUACAAGAUGAGCAACAUUCUCGACAAGCCCCUGGAAUCCGCCUUUGGCUUCAUUUCCGUGUUGCCUGGUGCUUUCUCAGCUUACCGCUACGUUGCCCUGCAGAACGACAAGAACGGUCAGGGUCCACUGGAGAAGUACUUCGCUGGUGAGAAGCUUGAGGGUGCCGGCGCUGGUAUCUUCACAUCCAACAUGUACCUCGCCGAAGAUCGUAUUCUCUGCUUCGAGCUUGUCACAAAGAGAAACUGCCAUUGGAUUCUGCAGUACGUUAAGUCUGCUACCGGCGAGACUGACGUACCGGACACCGUUACGGAGCUUGUCCUUCAACGUCGUCGUUGGUUGAACGGUUCCUUCUUCGCUGCUAUCUACGCCAUUGCCCACUUCUACGAAUUCUUCCGGUCUGAUCACUCUAUCCUGCGAAAGCUCAUGUUUUUCAUCGAAUUCGUCUUCAACACGAUUAACAUGAUUUUCGCAUGGUUCGCCAUUGGUAACUUCUUCCUGGUCUUCAAGAUUCUUACGACGAGUUUGGGCGAGGACAACUUGCUUGGUAGGACCGGCGAGAUCCUCGGCGUCGUCUUCACUUGGCUCUACGGAAUUUCACUCAUGACUUGUUUCGUUCUCUCCAUGGGUAAUCGUCCAGCCGGUUCCGGUGCUUACUAUAUCACGAUGGUUUACUUCUGGGCGCUUAUAAUGAUCUACCUGUUGUUUGCCGCCGUGUUCAUUGCUGUCAAGGCUAUUAUCGCUGAUGUCAACGACUCGAACGGCUUCAACGUGAGCGACCUCUUCAAGAACCCGGUCUUCUACACCCUCAUCAUUUCCGUCAUGUCGACUUACGGUAUUUGGUUAAUCGCCUCGCUGCUCAUGUUUGACCCCUGGCACAUGAUCACCUCCUUCGCGCAGUACAUGCUUCUUACGCCCACCUACACCAACAUUCUCAACGUCUACGCAUUCUGCAACACUCACGAUAUUUCAUGGGGUACAAAGGGUGAUGAUGGCGCCGAGAAGCUGCCUACCGUCAGCACCAAGGACGGUUCAGGAAAGACCGAUCUUCCCGACGAGGCUGAUCUUAACGCCCAAUACGAGCGCGAGCUCAAGGUCUUCAGCGCCAAGUUCGUCCAGGAAGUUAAGCCCCCAACGGACUCGCAAAAGGCUGAGGCUCAAAUGGACUACUACCGUGGUGUCCGUUCUGUCGUAGUGUUGGCUUGGAUGAUCUCCAACUUUGGUCUUGCUGCCGUCGUCCUUAGUGCCGCUGGCCUGGAGAGGAUAAGUCCUACCGCCAGUACCACUGACGAUACAGAUGGCCGUGCCAAUAUUUACAUGUCGGUCGUGUUGUGGUCAGUGGCGGGUCUUUCGUCUUUCAAGUUCAUCGGCGCGAUGUGGUUCCUCGUCGUCCGCAUGUUCAGAGGUGUAUGAUUGCUGGUGGUUACGAGUAUCAUGUGUAGCGGGGAUGAUUACUUUUCUGACGACUUUUGGUUUCGUGAGCAUUAUACCCACCCCUUUCCUUUGGAGAAGAGGGCUAUGUGGAUGGCGAACACGACUUUGGAGAAGAGUGUCCGAACUCCUCCAUCAUGUUUUGAGUACGAUCACGGGGUUGGAUGUAACUCUAAUGACUUUGCUUUUUAUUUGACUGCCAUGCGCUUCUGUACUUGCUCAACCUUAUCUUUCCUCUCUUGUCCCGCCUCUACCCGGCCCCGCCAUAUCUUGUUGCGUUUCAGGUUCUCUAGUAUCACCAUGGAACCGUCUUCAUUGGAGUUUUCUUUUUAUUCAUUCUUCUGCAUGCCUCGAGGGUCAACAUCGUUCAUAGCCCUUGACGGGUGAUGGCGGUGGUGAACCUUGAUGGGCCCCUAUUGGCGGAGUAGGGGUAUAUGGUCCAGAGAGGCGGGUUGAGAUAGACGAGGGCAAGUUUUCUGAGAAGAAUGAUGAUGAGACAAUAAACAAGACUUUUGCCUGAUGUGAGAAUGUGCAAUGAAUGUGCA